AUGACCUCUCCCGUCAACAAGUCUGAAGACCUUGCGGCCGCAGCCCCACCCACCGCCGGCGGUGGUGGCUUUAUGGGCCGCCUGCGCCGUUUCUCCCACGACAUCCUCGAGAAGCCCGACCGCGUGGGCAACGCCGACAUGCAGCGCGGUAUCGAAGAGCUGGUGACCAUGGGCUUCCCCCGCGGGCCCGCCACACGCCAGAUGCAGAUCACCAACGGCAACGUCCAGGGAUCCGCUGAGGCCCUCGUCCACGCCGCACAUGGCACGACCGAGUGGGGCGGCCACCCGGACUGCCCCAUCUGCGUGCGCGAGACCGAGAACGUCCGCAUCUCCGAGGGCCGCCGUCUAAGCGUCUCGGACGCGCUCCACCGUAUCACCAGCCGCGGCAAGUCCCAGGAGGGCGAGGCCGAGCACGGAUGGGGUAACCGCGCCGCGGGCGACGGCACCAGUGGCGGCCGUCGUGGUAGCGUCGGUGCCAUGCUCCGCCGUGCCAGUGUGGCCGAGGGCCUUCGUCGCAUGACGACCCGUGAUACCAAGUAG